AAGACCAUUAAACUAUGGCGCCUGUCAGAGCGCAUGAAGAGGGCGACAGUGUACAACGUUAAAGACGAUGUCUUCGAUGAGACCUUCGAGGAGGAUACCGAUCUUCACGACCCGAGUUCGGGACAUAAAGUGCACAACGCUGGAGAUUUGCGAGUGCCCCGUUACCAGCCCACCUCACUCACCGUUGAAGCUCAACCGCGACGCAUUUUUGCCAAUGCUCAUGCCUACCACAUAAACUCCAUUUCCAUCAGUUCCGACCAGGAGACUUUCAUAUCCGCCGAUGACCUUCGGAUAAAUCUGUGGAAUCUUCAAGUCACAGACCAGUCUUUCAGUAUCCUUUUCGGGUUGCCGUUGAAUCGGGACAUAGUUGAUAUCAAACCGGUGAACAUGGAAGAUCUCAAGGAAGUCAUUACGGCAGCAGAAUUCCAUCCGUCCGCCUGCGCCCUCUUUGUGUACAGCAGCAGCAAGGGCAUUCUGCGUCUGUGUGAUAUGCGGCAGAAGGCUCUGUGUGACGACUGCGUUCUGGUUUGGGAUCUCAACAUGUCGCGAGAACCUGUUGAAACCUACCACGUGCACGAAUACUUUCGGAGCAAGUUCUGUUCCCUCUACGAAAACGACUGCAUUUUCGACAAGUUUGAAUGCAGCUGGUCUCCCAACGACAAGUGA